AUGGGUUGCACGCAAAGUGAGAUUGCUCCUCAAAAUGAAACGCCCAAAAAAGGCUGUACUGAUGUAUUAUGGCUUGUUAUAUAUAUUAUAUUUUGGAUUCUAAUGAUUAUUAUUGCGGCUAUAUCUUUUGUUUACGGAAAUCCUCAGAGAUUAAUUAAUGGAUAUGAUUCAUUCGGCAAUACAUGCGGUGUCAAGAACAACAAGAAACUUAUAAAUUUCCCAUUAGCUGGUAUCAGUACUGCUGAUAAAAGUUAUUUAUUUUUCAUGGAUAUUAAGGAACUCCGAAGAUCACUUAAAAUAUGUGUUAAACAAUGCCCCAAUAAAAAGAUCGAAUCAUUCAAUGAUCUGCAAAACUUUUACCGGGAGACUGGAUCAAAUCUCUGUAGAUAUGAUAUCCAUUUGAAUAAUGUAACAAGCACCAAAGACCUGCACAAUUUUAUAGGCCCUUGUCCAACAUUGCCUGUAUAUGAGUCAUUUCCACUUCUAAAUAGGUGUUUUCCUAAAUCUGCUAAAGAUUUAGCUCAGAAGGUUUUCACAGACUUUUAUGAUUUAUUGAAUAGUUGGGAUACCAUCGAACAGAUGUUAUCAGAUCUGUAUUCAUCUUGGAAGGAAAUGAUUAUUUGUGUUAUAAUUGCAUUUAUUUGCUCAUUGAUCAUGGUUUCAAUCCUGCAUUUAUUAGCAUCUCUAGUGUCAUGGAUAUUCAUGAUAAUAGUAUCAAUAGCUAGUAUAGCUGGAACAGCUCUUCUGUGGUACACAUAUCAUGAGUUGAGAACUAAGCAGAGAGAUUUUUCUGAUACAACUGUAUUCUUAGCUGAAUCUCUUAAGAAUGAAAAAGCCUUCCUAUGGUAUUCUAUUAUCGCAACCAUAAUAACUGUAAUAUUAUUGUUACUGGUGUGGGUGAUGAGAUCGCGUGUCUCUUUCCUGGCAGAUUUGUUCAAGGAGACUGCGCACUGCUUGGGUUCCAUACCAGCUCUCUUCCUCCAACCAAUUAUAACAUUUUUCUUCCUUAUAUUGUUCCUCACCUUUUGGUCUCUAGUUGUAGUGUGUUUGGCAACAGCAAAUUACCCAGGUAUACCAUACAAGACAAACUUCUUCAUUAAUGGAACUCCUUUACCUGACCAUGUAGAUAAUGCAGCAGUUCAAGCACAAAACAUAGACAAAAAUGCUAGUCUCAAGAGUUAUGUUUUAGACCCAAUCGAGUUUGAUCCAAUGUGGGUGAAGAGUAUGUGGUGGAUGUGUCUCAUAUGCCUGGUCUGGGGCAGUGAAUUCAUUUUGGGAUGUCAGCAGAUGACUAUCGCUGGUGCUGUCUCACAUUGGUACUUCAGAGGUCCAAACGCAAAUCCAUCGCCGGUGCUAUAUUCCAUAGGCAAGCUUUUGAAAUAUCAUUUGGGUUCUGUAGCUAAAGGAUCUUUCUUGAUAACUCUGUUCAAAAUACCGCGACUCAUUCUCACCUACCUACACGCUAAGUUGUCUUCACGAGCCGAAAAGGGAUCAGAGUGUGCGAAAUGCGGUCUGAAAUGUGGAAUUUGCUGUUUUUACUGUCUGGAAAAAUUCAUAAGAUAUUUAAAUCACAACGCGUACACUAUUAUAACGAUCGACAGAUGUCACUUUUGUAAAGCCGCGGGAAAGGCGUUCAGUACAAUAGUGAAUAACGCGCUUCAAGUGGCGACGAUCAAUAGUGUUGGUGACUUUAUACUUUUCCUGGGGAAGUGCAUUGUAACGGCUGUAACAGGCAUUGUGGGACUUCUCAUGUUGAAGAGAAAUCCAGAUCUACAUUUCUUUGCAGUUCCCACACUCGUUAUUUGCAUCUUUUCAUUCUUUAUCGCGCAUUGUAUCCUAUCACUGUAUGAGAUGGUUGUGGAUUCUCUGUUCCUGUGUGUGUGCGAAGAUCGAAAUAGCAAUAAUGAUGGUCGUUGGCAACACUCGCGACUGGCUGAACUUGGCUUGAACAAGACUGAAACGACAGAUGGCGCUGAAAUGCAGGAUCUCAAGUACUAA